CUACUGACGUUUGACAAAUUAGCUACCGAAGAGGUCAACGAAAACAUGGCAUUCUUCUACGUGCUCCUGGUGGCCCUGUCGGCUGCAUCGGCAAUGGCCCAACUCACAGGGACCGAGAAAUGCGGCAAGCCAGCGAUCCAGCCGAAUCUCAUGGACAGGGACCGCAUUGAGGGUGGAGUUGAGGUUGUAUCGGGAAGUUGGCCGUGGCACGCUGAAAUCAACACCGCCAGUAACGAGCAUCUCUGCAGUGGUGCACUGAUCUCCGACCAGUACGUGCUCACCGCUGCAAAGUGCCUCUGGAAAUCAAAGUCUAAGGACGUUAGGGUACACCUUGGAUCGCACACCCGCAACCAGGAAGACCAGGGAGAGGUCUGGCUGAACAUUGAACAAGCCUGCGUGUUCCCCAACUACACUGGUGACCACGAGAACAACAUCGCCGUCUUGAAGCUCGAAAAGAAAGUGGACUUCACUGACCGCAUCUCGCCGAUCUGCCUCCCUGGGAAGAACCAACCCUUGCCAAGCACCGUCUACGGUACUGGUUGGGGCCAUAGCCACGCUGACCACACUCACACUCAUGAUCACGAUCAUGGUCACGAUCACGAUCAUGGUCACGACCACGACCACGACGACGAACGUGCGCCUAGCCUCCGACAAGCUUACGUUGACGUCGUCGCGAACAACCAAUGCUACGACGAGUUCGGCGAAGCAGUUCCAAACACUGUUUUCUGCACCACCCUGAAGCUGGGCUCGCCCUGCAAACACGACCUCGGAGGUCCCAUCUCACAGAAGGUCGGAAAUGUCUGGACCUUAUUCGGUGUCGUGUCCGGCGGUGCUGCUGGAUGCAAGGUUGGCGAGCACCCCAUGCUCCAUACCCGCGUGUCCCUCUACCUGGACAGUCUCGUUAAGUACUUCGCCGGCACUGCCCCUGGAGCAGCCGACCCCAAGCGCUGCCUCCUCGUCUGAGUUGUGAACGCCUGAAGCAGUACGUUUUGCGGAAGAAUGUACUACGUUGUGAUAUAGUUACAAAAUAAAUAUUUUUUGUGUGCAGUUUCA